AUGAAAAUAAUUACACUCCUCCAUUCAAAAUAUAAAGCCGCUUAUUGGAGUGAGAAUAUUUUACUAAAAUUAUCUAAACCAAAAAACAUUCCUAAAGACACAGAAUUAAUUGUUAGAUGUUGGGAUAAUAGAGUUAAAGGAAGAGAUGGAAUCUUGACUGAAAUAAAAAUAAAUCUAAUUAAACUUGAUCCUCAUGAAAAUAAAGUAAAAUUGAUAUCAAAAGAUCACAAUUACGAAAUUAACUUUGAAGUUUAUUAUAUAUUAAAUGAAAAUCCAAAAGCUUCAUCAAAAAUAUUAAAUGAUCUAAAGCUUAAAAAAAAUGUGGCUGAUUUAAGCGGAAUUCCUGGCCGUGUAGAGAUAAAGUUUGACGAUGAAAUCCAUUCAACCAAAGAUCAUUAUAAAACAGUAAAACCAACUAAAUGGAAAUAUCCAAUUUCAUUUCUAAUAAAACAUAGCUCUAAUAUUUUAACAAUAACACAACGUCUAUCGUUGUUAAGUCAUACACAUCCGCAUAUUAGUUUAAAGCUCAAUUCAUACUCUAGCACUCUCGAGAAAAAAUUUUGUGAUGAUUUGUCACAAACAGGUUUCACAAAAAGUAAUAUUUCUAAAUCAAUAUCUUCAAGAAAAUCAGCAGCUUCUUCUUUUUCCUCAUCCUCUAAUGAUAAUAGUCUCACUAGCAAUUCAUCAAAAAUACAGCUAUUGUCAUCAUUUGAUAAUAGAUCAACAUCAAAACAAUCAUCAACACGAAUUCAACAAAAGAUUUCAAAUAUACAUAAUAUUUUUUCAUUUAACAAAUAUAAGAUUUAUACCGGCAAAAAUAUUAGAAAUGAUGAUAUUGUCAUAAUUAAAGUAUUUUCAAAUAGACUUCUUUGGGAAAAUGAAAUUGGAAUAAUUAAAAAAUUAAACAAUCUUAGCAUUGACAAAUUUAACACUUUAAAAUUUACCAGAGAAUUAUUCUUGAAUAUUUGUAAAGGCGUUCAAUUCUUGCAUAAAAAUGGAAUUGUUGUAGGAUUUAGUGCACCUGAAUUAGUAUUAAAUUUAAAUUCUGAUUCAAUAUCACACUAUGCUAUUGAUAUUUAUUCAUUAGGUUGUCUACUCUAUUAUCUUGUUACAAAAAAGUUAUUUUACACAACAACAACAAAUAAUCUUUUACUUGUUAAGUUGGACAAGAUUAAGGAAAAAAUUUCCAGAGAAAUAAAUGAUGAUAUUAUAAAUGUUCUAAUUAUUAGAAUGCUUAAUUUUAUGUUUAUAAAAUAUACAUUGUAUAUAAAUAAAUUAUGA